AUGCCUCACAGAGCAACUUACUUUUUCCCGAGGCAGUUCCCCGAAAGAGGGUUGGACGAGUCUUCGAAACAGAGAUUGGAUCACGAAAAGAGAAAAAUCGUCAACUCCAUCAAAUCAUCAGAUACGACUUUUGCCUUUGAAAGCGACGCGCCGAAAAAGCCAACACCGAUUCCCACGCCUGCCACCAAAGACGACGGCAACGCCGUUUUCUCAUCCGGUAAGCAAUCCGCGGUCUCCGACCUCUUCACCGGCUCCGACAAGUUCCGCUACAAGCAGAAACAAAUCGCCGCCUUCUGCGAUUGGUUGAUUGACAAAAAGAAGGACCGCAACCGACCGACUCACCAUUUCAAACCCUACCCCACCGAGGACGACGAGGAAGAAGAUGAACGCGAGCUUCUACUUCAGCCGCCGGCGCCUACGGUGGUGGUGGCGGCAGCGCAAGUUGUGAAGGAUGCUGUUGACCGGAGCUUCGACCGGGAGGUUUCGCUCCCGCGGUUGUCCAGCGGGAGCAGCUACGCCGGGAGCUUGUUCACGCUGGACGGCACCGCCACAUUCUCCAGCGACGUCACGAAAGACGAGUCGUCGUCGUUUCAAGUCUUCACUGAAGAAGACGCGAGAAAAAAACGAGAAGAUGAAGAAAACGUAAAACGGAAUUCCUUGCAGAAGUAUAAAGAGAGCUACUACCUGCAACUUGCGUUGGCGCAGAGACUCUCUUGUAUAGCAAGCCUCGCCUCUGAACCUGUUCUCACACUCGACGCUGGCACCGAAACCUGGGACGCUGAAUCCGUUUCGUAUCGUUUAUGGGUGAGUGGGUGUUUGUCGUACACGGACAAGAUAUCGGACGGUUUUUACAACAUAUUGGGCAUGAAUCCGUACCUGUGGGUGAUGUGCAAUGAUGUGGAGGAAGAAGGGAAGCGUAUACCGACUCUAAUGGCGCUUAAGGCGGUUGAACCAAGCGAGACUUCCAUAGAGGUGGUUCUUUUCGAUAGACGCGAGGAUUAUCGGCUUCAGGAGCUUCAAGAUAAAGCCCAGGAGUUAUAUUCUGCUUCGGAGAACGCGUUGGUGCUGGUUGAGAAACUCGGAAAACUCGUUGCCAUAUGCAUGGGGGGUACGUUCCCUGUGGAGCAAGGAGAUCUACACAAGCGAUGGAAGUUGGUUAGCAAGAGGUUGAGGAACUUUCACCAAUGUGUUGUGCUUCCAGUUGGUAGCUUAUCCAGUGGACUCUGUAGGCAUCGCGCGAUUCUCUUCAAGAGAUUGGCAGACUAUAUAGGUUUGCCAUGUCGCAUUGCUCGAGGUUGUAGGUACUGUGUUUCAGAUCAUAGAUCGUCUUGCCUUGUCAAGAUUAAAGAUGACAGACAGCUCUCAAGAGAAUAUGUAGUUGAUCUGGUUGGGGAACCAGGAAAUAUCCUUGGCCCAGAUUCCUCAAUUAAUGGAGCAUAUUUGUCAUCAAUACCUUCCCCAUUUCAAAUUUCUCAUUUGAAAGAAUCCCAAUCUCCAUAUGUGGAUGUUACAGCAUAUUCUCAAUCUCUUGAUAACACUUAUUUAGGCUGUCUACAGGAAGAUCAACGAGUUGAUGAAAAUGAUCGGCUGAAAAAUAAUAAUGGUUCUACUUAUGCUGUAAUAGAUCAAACUCGUGGAGGAACAGAAAAACCUCUAUUUCCUUGUGGCUUGAAAGGGAAUGAUAAGGAAUGUGCUAUUCUGGGUUUAUUAAAUUUUCCUCCCAGCUAUGAAGGUGUUUCUGAAGAUCUUCACCCAGUCUCUGGAGCAUCGAUAAAUGAAUACCCCAGUUUCAGUAAAGAUUCAGUUGUAGUUAUAGAAGCUUCCAAAGAGAUCGUUGUAAAGGGAAAUUCUGGGGUGAAAGAUAUCUAUAAGCAAUCUAUACUGAGCUCAUCCAGUGAAUCAGAACAGGAACAAGUAAAAAAUAAACUUGAAAAUCAGGGUGCUGGUAAUAUUCCAAGAUACUUGAAUCUUGAACCAUCACUUGCAAUGGACUGGCUUGAGAUACCAUGGGAAGAUUUACGAAUCAAAGAACGUGUUGGUGCUGGAUCAUUUGGGACAGUGUAUCGUGCUGAAUGGCAUGGAUCCGUUGCCAUAAUGAAACGAGUACGCCAUCCAAAUGUGGUGCUUUUCAUGGGUGCAGUUACUAAACGUCCACAUCUAUCUAUUGUAACAGAAUAUUUGCCUCGAGGCAGUUUAUUCCGCUUAAUACAUAAGCCAGCAUCUGGUGAGAUUCUAGAUCCAAGGAGAAGAUUACGGAUGGCUUUAGACGUGGCGAAAGGGAUCAAUUAUCUCCACUGUCUGAAGCCUCCAAUUGUUCACUGGGAUCUCAAAACCCCGAACUUGUUAGUGGACAGAAAUUGGACUGUCAAGGUGUGUGAUUUUGGAUUGUCCAGAUUUAAGGCGAACACUUUCUUAUCAUCAAAAUCUGUUGCUGGAACACCUGAGUGGAUGGCUCCAGAAUUUCUUCGUGGAGAACCUUCAAAUGAGAAGUCUGAUGUUUACAGUUUUGGGGUUAUCCUGUGGGAAUUGGUGACCCUGCAACAACCGUGGAAUGGACUUAGUCAUGCCCAGGUGGUUGGAGCUGUCGCUUUCCAGAAUAGGAGGCUUGCCAUCCCUCCAAACAUCUCCCCAGCGUUGGCCUCUCUCAUGGAAUCUUGUUGGGCUGAUAAACCUGCUGAUCGCCCAUCAUUUGCAAGCAUAGUUGAGUCGCUAAAAAAGCUACUGAAGUCACCAGCUGAUGCGAUUAAAAUGGCACUGACACUAUCACCUUCACAGAACGCGAUUCCAGAUUUGAGAUUCAAGAUUUGGAAGCUUCCAAUGGAUAAAGAGAACUCGGCGUUGAACGACAUCGUUUUGCAGGUGGUCAUGGUCGUGGUGAUGGUCCUCUCCUACCUCUUCAUGCACGACGUCCCCAAGAAGCUGUGGACCAAUCUCCGUCUCCGCAACCGCGCCGACAUCCAAGCCAAGCGCCACUUCGUCCAAGGAGCCCAGCUCCUGGCCCGCGCCCGGGCCUCAAAGUCUAAGGCCCUGGCCAAAGAAGCCCAAGCCCAGGCCCAGCGCGCCAUCGCCCUUGACCCCCGUGACGCCGCCCCCCACCUCCUCAAAGCGCUCGCCCUCGACUUCCUCGGCCUCCGCUCCGCCGCCCUCGACUCCCUUGACGAGGCCCUCUCCCCCCUUGCUGCCACCUCCCUCUCCCACUCUGAGCGCGCCGACGCACUGCUUAAGCGCGCCGAGCUCAGACUCGCCUCGACUCAGCGUGGCCGAGUCGACUCGGCCCUCGCGGAUCUCGCCGAGUCCGUCAAACUCAGCCCCAACAACGCGAAGGCGUUCUUCUCGCUGGGAGAGUGCUUCGAGCGCAAGAAGAUGAACGACGACGCCGUUAAGGCCUACCAGCAGGCUCUCGAAUUGGAACCUCAGUUGCACGUUGCUCAACAAGCCCUACACAGGUUGGAUUCUUCGCCCAAAAAGAGUUGA